AUGGAAGGACCGUACAUGACUUUAAGCCACCGAUGGGGUAGUACGCCUUACAAAAAGCUGACAGCAGGGAGCCUAGAGCAGUUUAAGAAUCGCAUCGAUAUUAGCAACCUCCCUGUCAGUUUUAAAGAGACAAUACAUAUCGCACGGCUUGCCCGGGUCAAGUAUUUGUGGAUCGACUCUUUAUGCAUUCAGCAGGAUGAUGAUGAGAAAGACUGGGAAGUUGAAGCUCACUUGAUGGGCAAGGUCUAUUCCCAUUCCUUCCUAAACGUCUCAGCAACCUUGGCCUAUGACGAUACUCGAUCUCUUUUCGAUCGAUCAAGCCAUCCGUAUGAUCCAACGCUUCUCAAUCUACCAUGUAUGAAAAAGGUCAGGGUCUUUAAAGUUGGCGACCCCAAAGCAAGGCUGAAGAUGGUUCAACGGCGUUCCCGAAAAGCGUGGAGCGUAGAUCAUGAUAUUUGGGAAGACGAAAUUGAACAAGGUCCUCUGCAAAGCAGAGGCUGGGUCUUUCAGGAGCGAUUCCUCUCUCCCAGGAUCCUACACUUUGCAGAGCGACAACUUGCUUGGGAGUGUCAUCAGAUCAAUGCACUUGAGAUGUUUCCCAAGCGAUUGCCCCCAGGGUUGAUCCAGUGGCCGAGAAGCGACAUUGCCGACAACGUUCUCGCAGCAAAAGUUCCAACAAACGCUAACCUAUUUGAGUUUUGUCGAUCUUGGGACGAAAUUGUCGCAAAGUAUACUACGACCGAACUUACAUCUAAAAAGGAUAAACUUGUUGCUUUUGCCCGGGUGGCCAAAACGGUUGAGGUCGCGCGCGGCGAUAUCUAUCUUGUCGGCCUUUGGAAGAGUGCAUUCAUUUCUCAGCUUGCUUGGACUAGAACCCGCGACGAUAUAGUCCAUCAUCCGCAAGAACUUUCCUCAGGCCGAGCCCCUAGCUGGUCAUGGUUGUCUGUUGAUGGCGACGUCAUCAGUCCCCAUCCUGAAAAGAUUCGCAAAUACUUUGCCAAUGUAGCGGUGUUCCCGGAUCCGGUUUUUGAUAGCAGUUCUGCAAUUACAGCCAGUGGUUCUGUGCUACUCCGCGGGAUUCUGUUGCCCAUUAACUCAGUAAAUUGGGAUAAGGAAAACCUUUUGUCGGGAUUCACAGUUGAUGGCUUUACGCUUCAAGAAGGGUUUUACUUUUCUGGCACGCAUCUUGAUCUAGAAGGCACCAAGGAUCAGGUCAUCCAGCUAGUGAAGUCUGGAAUCUCUCUCGUUCCCCUCUUCGCAACAGAUGAGCACAUGCAGUGCAUAGCAGUUGCCUGUAUCAAGACCAUCCGUGGUAUACCGGUGGACUUUCGCCGCGUUGGCGCAUGCCAGGUACAAUAUCGAAAGCUUCAUGUCCUUCAGGGGAGUAUUCAACCUGAAUGGGAAGAGGACCCUUCAACUCUUUUCUUCCCUGGCAAGCCAAGCUAUAAUUUAAUACACCCGGUGGCCCGAUCCCUUAUAAGAUCGGUCGAGCUCAACUUACCUGCUAGCAGCGUCGCCGAGAUUUCGUCAACUGCCGUGCCUGAGUCCACACUCACUAGCUUGGCUACCACGUUGACUGAAGCCACGACUACAUCGGUCCUCGUAUCCGAAACAAUUUCGACAACUGUAGCAGAACCCACGACGACCACUGCCGGCCCUCCAGCCUGCGUUGAAACUCAGGUCGUCGUUAACCCAGGAUUCGACACGAGUGCUAGUGACAUUACACCUUGGGUUGGUAGAAGCUACGAUCUCAACAGCCGCAGAGCCUAUACCGCCCCUAGCUCCGUGGCCCUUGUUUUCACAGAUGGACAAGGCACCGCACGAAUCGCCCAGACACUACAAAACCUUAGCGGCAAGUACACAUUGUCCUUCCGCUAUGGUUCCGUGUCAGCACAGGGUCUUGGUGCUGGACUAUCGUGCCUGAUUACGCCAAAGAUCGGGAAUGACGCGCUUAGUUCUGCUUAUGUGUCCGAGAGCAGUUCCGGUUGGGAAUCUGCACCACAGGAAUGGUCGGCUGGGAACACGGAUGUGGCUGAGGCUGAGCUGUCGCUCUCUACUGAGUGCUCUGGCGAGUAUGACCAAUUGUUUAUCUACAUCGACGAGGUUACUUUGACCAAGGUCUGUGAUGGGUCCGCCACAGACUGA